AUGGUUGCAUGGAAUAAGAAGUCUUUGAAAGUGGAGAUGUUAGAUAUAAGCUUUCAACAUAUUAAUAUGAAGGCCAUGUUUCAGGAAGGUAUAAAGUGGCAUUUUAUAACAGUUUACGCUAGUCUUAAUGAGGAUAAAAGAAGAGUGUUGCAAGAAGACUUGAAGAAGAUAACUGAUAGGAUUAAUGGUGCUUGGAUGAUAGUUGGAGAUUUCAAUGACAUUUCUAGUUCUUUAGGGAAGAAAGGCGGGGCUCAAGUUUCUAUUAGAAGAUGCAAAACAUUUAGGGAGAGGAUUAACAACUAUAAAUUGAUUGACAUAAACAUGAUUGGUCCCAAGUUUAUAUGGUGUCGGCCCAUUUAUCAUGGUGGUCAAAGGAUAUAUGAGAGGUUGGAUAAGGCAUUGUGUAAUGAUGACUGGAGCUUUGAUUUUCCAGAAGCUCGUGUAAAAGUGCUCGCAAGAGUAGAGUUUUCUAACCAUCACCCGAUAUUGACCUAUUUGAACAAAGGACACAAUUUUAAAAUCCAAAAGCGGUUUCGUUUUGAGAGUGCUUGA